AUCUCCGCCCCUCCCUCCUCUCGCUCCCGAGCGGAGAGCGGGCGCUGUCCAAAGUGCUGAUCGCGGCUCCGGAGGCGGCAGCAGCAGUAGCAGCAGCCAGAGGCGGCGGAGGCGGCGGCGUCUCGGGUCCUUUGCACGAUGCCUCGCUCUUUCCUGGUCAAGAAGAUCAAGGCGGACGCUUUCCAGCCCAGCCCGGCGACCCCCACUUACCACCCCUUGGAAACUUCCUACAAUGAGUUGGCAGGACCCCUGGGAGCCGGCGACCCUGGGGUGGAGGAUGGCUAUCUCCAGACCUGCCUCGCGUCGUCCGGCUACAAGAAUGAAAAGAAGAAGCUCCACUUGGCGUCCUCAGACCCAAUCUACACGCCGUCGCACGAAGACUACAGCGACCCCGAGAGCCCCCAAUCCAGCUUGUCGGCGCACUACUUCAACGGCGAAGCCGCCGUCACCGAGAGCUACUCGAUGGACGCCUUCUUCAUCACCGACGGGCGGUCGCGGCGCCGGGGAGAGGGCCAGCGGCGGGGCGCGCACCGCCACUCGUGCAGCGAGUGCGGCAAGACCUACGCCACGUCUUCCAACCUCAGCCGGCACAAACAGACGCACCGCAGCCUGGACAGCAAGAUGGCGAGGAAGUGCCCCACCUGUUCCAAGGCCUACGUCUCCAUGCCCGCCCUGGCCAUGCACAUCCUGACGCACAACCUCAAACACAAGUGCGAUGUGUGCGGCAAGGCUUUCAGCCGGCCGUGGCUCCUGCAGGGACACAUGCGUUCCCACACGGGCGAGAAGCCCUUUGGCUGCUCCCACUGCGGAAAGGCCUUCGCCGACCGCUCCAACCUGCGGGCUCACAUGCAGACACACUCGGCCUUCAAACACUACAAGUGCAAGCAAUGUGAGAAGACCUUCGCCCUCAAGUCGUACCUCAACAAGCACUACGAGUCAGCCUGCUUCAAGGGGGCUGAGCACGCCUGCGAGGAGGAGAACUGAGCCGGCCAGGGGAAGGAGAGAAGGUCCAGGGGCAGGACCACGGCAACCGUCUUCAGGGAUCUGGGGUUUGGACAAGAAAGGACAAGCGUCGCCCUGGGAGGCGAAAGGGACCGCCGCAACAAAUUGCAAGUCGUUCUGUUACCGGGAGGAAGCACUUAAGAACCUGGCAACCGCAACCUGUCCUUCUCAGAAGGUGAUGGAGACCUUGGGAAGAUGGCAAGCAUUGGUCCUGAGGCCCAGCAACCUUCAAACCCAGCGGUGGUCCAUGGGAUGUUCUCCAGAUAUUGUUGGACCACCGCUCCCAUCAACCACAUGUUCAUCAGCGGUGGGAGCUGUGGUCCGCAGAACGUUCUCCACCCCUGGUCCUCCUGACCUGCCUUUUUCUCCUUCCUUCUCCAAAUCGUCAACCGAAGCAAUAACUCCAGUCAAUGCCAGCAGAAGGCCGUCUUCUGGGAGACUCCUUGCUUGGUCUCGCACGAGCGAGAGAAGCUUUUGACUUUUCUUCAGGAUUACCAGGAUAGAGAGAGGGAAAGAGACAGUCGUCUCUCUUUCCAUAUCUCUCUCUCUCUCUCUCUCUCUCUCUCUCUCUCUCUCUCUUUCUUUCAGAUAACUUGGGAAAUGCCGGGUGUAUUUAUAUUAUUUAUUACGUUAUUUAUUUAGUGUGCUGCUCCUUCUUCUCCCCUUGAUGAGGAGGAAGAAAAGCUAUCAGUGUUGCCCUUUGAGAUCUUUUGGGGACAGAACGAGUGCAGAAGCUGUGAAACCCAACUCAGGGGCAUUGUGAGGAAGGGUACCCAUGAAGCUGACAAGGCUGGGUGUGGGACGCUUGGACGGAGCGACUUCUCAAAUCAUGCUUUGGAAGCGAGGAAGAGAUUGAUUUGUUGUGUUUGGCAUAGGAAACAGGAACUUUUUUUUAUGUCUGAAGGACCCAGGAAGGCACAAUGCGUGGGUGGGGGGAGAGAACCAGUCAUUUCUUUCUUUCCAUAUGGUUGUCAGAAUUAGGAUCUCCGCCAGACAGCCUGUUUGUUGAGCAUCCAUCCCGAUUUGUUUGCAGAGGUUAUAGGUCUUCUCAUUCCAGGUUACUUGACAUCUCCACCUAGUGGUUGCUAAAAGUGAUGCCUUUGAGAGGGGACUUCACCAAAGAUGGCCCUCAUUCACCCAUCUCCACAUUGUGGGAUGCCCUCAAGAGCUUCCGAGUAACAACGCCAUGUUCUCUGGAAGAACCCAACUCAAAAACCCCAACCAUAACCUCUCCAUCCUCCUGUCAUCCCAAGAGAAGCAUUCUUCAUUGAAGGCCGGAAGGGACAAGGGCGAGAAACAGAUUGACUGCAUAGCUAAAUCCAAACAUCGUUUUCACUCGGUGGCAUAGCCAGGCAGUGGCGUAGGAAGGCGGUGCGGUGGGUACAGUUCGCCCUGGGUGUCAUCACUGAGGGGGGUGACAAAAUGGCAAAAAUAUGUGUUUCUGAAAAAGUAACUCCCCCACCCACUGCACACCCCUUGCUACGUCACUGCAGAAACACUCUGCCCUCGAGUGAUUUCCAGAAACCAGAAGCAUUGCUCUCUCCAACUUUGCAGGCAGAGCACAGCCUUUAUGACUAGUAGCCUUUGACAGCCCUCUCCUCCAUGAACCUGCCUAAUUCAGAGGCGUAGCUAGGUGAGGCAGGGGAACUGGGCGCCACACCGCGGGGCCUGCAGCGUACCUGAGCCAUGCGUCACUCCUGGGGGGGAGGCAGAAGGUGGACUGCCUGCAAGCUCUGCGCUGCUUUUUUGAGCAGCGUGGGGCUUGCGUCUGCCCACCGCCUCAGCUGCCCUACAGCUGAGGGAGAGGCUGUGGAGAGGCCCCACACAGUACGCCCUGCCUUGGCUCGCCCCAUCCCCAUGGGUGGCUUGCUCCGCCCCUGGCUGCAGGGUGCAUGCACUGCCCCGGGCACCAGAGCGGCUAGCUACACCACUGUAGCCACACUGUAGCUGUUUUUGUUGCCAUUCCACAUUUGCUAAUGACAGGUGUGGAAUCUCUUGCUGCUACAGAGGCACCCGUAUUAGAUGCCCAUAUUCUUCCUUUGAGAAGUGUCAAUGGAUUGUGGCGCACCAUUUGCCUUUCAGCCAAUCAGGAGGCCUCUGCUCAGCUCCCACCUUCUUGCCUUUGCAAGCCCAUCAGAGGUAUGGGAUGUAACGGGGGAGGGGGCAGCUUCAUGCCACUCUCGUAGCAGAAAUAUAGUGCAUCCAUUUCCCUUUGAUUGAGGAGUUUGUCCUUUCAAACGUGUGAGUUAGCAAGAAUGGCAGCUGCUGCCAUAAAUUUAGGAGCUCUCUAUUUUAAAGUUCUAAUUUAUCCUAUUUAUGCUAUUUAUUGUUUAAGAAGAAUGGGUGGGUGAAACAUUGGGGGUUUCUUUGCAUGAAUCCUAGCAAGCAGGACGUCGAUGGCAGAAGCUGUUUGCAGGUACACCAUUGUCACAGAAGCUGAAGGCAUAUUAGAGCUCUGUAGCGGCAGCGGCUGUUUUCAAAGAGCUAGGAUCCAUUUGCAAGGAGAAAUCACCGAUUUACUUUGACCUGUGUUAGAGACGGUUGUUGAAUGAUGGGAACUGGACUUUGAAUAUUCACAUGCAAAACAUACCCUAUUUCGUUGCACUGUGGGUCUUUGCCUAAGGUUAGUCAAUGCUGCCCCUGGGAUGGGAUGGAGGGAGACCGAGAGUGAAUACAGGGUUCCUCAGAUGACCUGUUUAUUGAACACGUGUCCUGACUUGCUUGCACAAAGCUUACGAGGCAAGGUAGAUUGUACCCAGUCUCUACAGAGCAAUCUGAAUUGUUUGUGGAGAGGCUAUAUGACAAUGAGCAUUCAUCCUGCAUUCAUCCUGAUCUGCUUGUGGGAAUAUUUACAUCUCCAUGUGUUAGCUCAUACCACUUUCCACAGCAUUUUGCUAUUACUUCCCUAAGUGCAAACU